AUGAAAGAUAAACCUAAAAAACAAAUUGAAAAAGAUCUGAGAGAAGCAGGGAUUUGCAAGGCAAAACUGCUGUCUUGUGCUGCGGGACUUCGGGGUAAAGCUGCCAAAAAGUUUAUCAAGGUAAUCUUUCUUAUAUCGAGAAAAUAUUUCUUGUACCAAAGUAAUAUUUUUAUGUAGCUAGGUAAUAUCUUGCGGUAAGGCAAUAUAUAUUUUAGGCCGUAUCAAAGUAACACAUCUCACGUUAUGUUUUCGUUAGAUUACGACCUGCAUAUUUGUGGCUUUAGCACUGGACACAUUUCCCCAAUAUUUUUUCGAAUUUCAAUGAAUCUAAAACAACACUCUGAAAAACAUUUGCUAUUGUUUAAGCCUUUUACUGUUCAUAUUUUCCUUAAAUAAUCAGUCUUUCGCAUGCUAAAUUAAUGCUUUUACCUAAUUCGCAUAUUGCUGACAUAUGCAAAUUAGGCAAAGGCAUUAAUUAGCAUGCAAUUAUUUAGGAAAAAAUGUACGUUUUUAUUAAGCUAAAGCAAAUUGUCUGAAACUUUGUACAGUAAUUAAACACCCAACAAACUUUCCAUCCAUUAACUCAAAAUAUGAUUAAUUUAAAGCUUUUAAAUUCCGUGCGCAAGCCAUUUUUAAUUUGUUGGAAAAGACUCACACUCCUGGUUCACAAGGAGUGAAGAGUGCGGGAGAAUUUUUUCAUUAUUCUACAUUUUAAGUACCCAAAGAAGCUACAUAUAUAAAAAACUGGAUACUAAUAGCUGUUUUGCGAAAUUGGAUUUACAGUGUUCUCUGAAGCAAAUAACUGUUUUGUGUUUCCACAUUAUCUACAGGACAACAAACUGGAAAACUUUGAAAUAACACCAUGUCAACAAAAGAAACUUUUUGAAAUCACUUACAAGGCAAUGGAGAAGGAUGUACGUAGAAUCGUAAAUAAGAAAGAUGUUGUAGAACUUUACGGUAAAACCGAUUGGAACAAACUACUUCCUGCCAUUAAGGAAAUACUUAUUGACUUACGAUUUCGUGGAGAUUACACGCCAGAAACACGCAAGAUAAUUCAACGGGCAGUCGCUAAAAAUGACUUGAAAACAUUCACCGCCCUUAUGAAAGACAGGAACAAUUGGAAGAACGUUCCGAAACAUAGGUUUGAGAGACGUGUUAAUUAUCUAAUAUUUCACUAG